GGGAGGAACUUGUGAGCUCCGACUGGCUCCUGGGAAGACAGCACACCUGUGCUUCAGGGCUCGCUCUGCCAUGGACUGUAGCUGCGUCUCAGACCUUCUCUUCGCCCCGCCUGCCCUGCCUGCUCUCUGGACCCCUGGGUUUGCCUUCCCAGACUGGGCCUACAAGCCGGAGUCCUCCCCUGGCUCAAGGCAGAUCCAGCUGUGGCACUUCAUCCUGGAGCUGCUGCAGAAGGAGGAGUAUCAGGGCGUCAUCGCCUGGCAGGGGGACUACGGGGAAUUUGUCAUCAAGGACCCUGAUGAGGUGGCCCGCCUCUGGGGCAUUCGCAAAUGCAAGCCCCACAUGAAUUAUGACAAGCUGAGCAGGGCCCUGCGUUACUACUACAACAAGCGCAUUCUCCACAAGACCAAAGGGAAGAGGUUCACGUACAAAUUCAACUUCAGCAAAGUUGUGCUUGUCAAUUAUCCGCUGCUGGACAUGGCUGCUGCUGCUACUGGCUCCCCACUCUUGUUGACGCCUGGACCCUUUGGGGGGGCACCUGGGCCAGAUGCUCCACCCCUGACCCCUGAGACCCUGCAGAACCUGUUCUCUACCCCACGCCUAGGAGAGCCAGGGGGCCGGACACCCCUAUUCGCCCCAGAGACUGAUAAACUACGUUUGGAUGGUCCCUUCCCAUUCCUGGGUUCUGGUGCCACCGGCUACUCCAAGCCCCCCAGCCUGUUGGGUCCUUACGGCCGCGCCUUCCCUGAGUACCCCUGGAACUUUAACCCAUACCUCACGGGCCCCUUCCCCAAGUUGCCCACCUCUCUCUACCCACCUCACUUCUACCCUAACCCUUUGGGUUCCCUGGGCCACUUGCCCUCUGCAGGAGCAGGGGGAGGUCCCAUGGCUGCACCCCUGCUUGCUGCAACAGGGGAGGGCCUGGGCCCUGAGCGCCCCUCGGGGCUGGCAGUGGCCCCUCGUCUGGCACUGCCGGGGGCGGGAGGUCCAGAGGCCACACAAGGUGGGAAGGAGGACAGCGACUCUGAGCUGGAGAUCACCGACGUCAGCGGCUGCAGCUCUGACAGUGAAGGCGAUGAGGGUCUACCCGCGUCCCCCAAGACCAAGACAGGCAAAGGGGGGAGUGGCAGCUGAGUGGGUGCAGGGUGGAUUCCGCUGGUGACCAGGGCAGUCUGCUCUGCCCUUAACACCAGCCCAAGGCCCAGGACCAGCCUUUGGCACCUCCUGGCCAUCUCCUCCAAAACCUGAGUGGAGGUCACACCUUCUCCACAGAGUGGAAAGGGACAUGAUGGCCUCCAGUCUCCCCCAGGUUCCAAUUUGAGGGGGAAAACCAACUGGCCCCACUCUCAAAGUGCAAUAUGGCGCCCAGCCUCCCCGACCUCCUAUGUGCUGUGACCUGCGUGUUUGUGUGGCAGUGUCCCCAAUCCAGUGCCGGCCCCCUCUUGAAAUUCUCCCAUACAGGUCCCCCUGGGGACAGGGAGCUCAGAGCAAUAACCCCGCCUCCAACCCCCGCCCAGGAGGGGCCCCCUCCCCAGUGGCUCCCCUUGAAACCCCACAGCCACUUCCAGAG